AUGACGGCAGAGGUCCAGCAGCCCCAAGCGCAGACUCCUGCCCAGAGCAGCCCCAUGUCUGCUCCGGACAAGACCGCUGUGAUGGACACCUCUUCGACGUCGUCCACAGCCAAAGCCAAAAAGAGCAACGCGGGAAUCCGCCGACCAGAGAAACCCCCUUACUCCUACAUCGCUCUCAUCGUCAUGGCCAUCCAGAGCUCGCCCACCAAGCGGCUGACCCUCAGCGAGAUCUACCAGUUUCUGCAGAGUCGCUUCCCCUUCUUCCGGGGCUCCUACCAAGGCUGGAAGAACUCUGUGCGUCACAAUUUGUCCCUAAACGAGUGCUUCAUCAAGCUGCCCAAGGGCCUUGGACGGCCCGGGAAGGGUCACUACUGGACAAUCGACCCGGCCAGCGAGUUCAUGUUCGAGGAGGGCUCAUUCAGGAGAAGACCGCGAGGCUUCCGUCGCAAGUGCCAAGCGCUCAAGCCCAUGUACAGCAUGAUGAACGGCUUGGGCUUUAACCACAUCCCAGAGUCGUAUAACUUCCAAGGCAGCGGCGGGGGGCUCUCGUGUCCGCCGAACGGCUUGUCUCUAGACAGCGGGAUCGGGAUGAUGAACGGACACUUAGCAGGGAACAUGGAUGGGAUGGCUCUGUCCGGCCACUCCAUGACUCACUUGUCGGCCAACGGCGGCCAUUCGUACAUGAGCAGCUGCGCCGGCUCAGCCGCCGAGGGGGGGUACCCCCACCACGACAACUCCGCCUCGCCUCUGCUCACCAGCGGCGGCGUGAUGGAGCCGCACCCGGUCUACUCCAGCCCGGCGUCGGCGUGGGCUCCGGCUCCCACUUCGGCUUCGCUCAACAACGGAGCUUCUUACAUCAAACAGCAGCCUCUAUCCCCAUGUAACCCGGGGGCCAACCCGCUGCAACCCAGCCUGCCCACGCACUCGUUGGAACAGCCUUACCUGCACCAGAACGGCCACACGGCCACAGAUUUACAAGGCAUCCCUCGGUACCAUUCGCAGUCCCCGAGCAUGUGCGACCGGAAGGAGUUCGUCUUCUCCUUCAACGCCAUGACGUCUUCGGCCAUGCACUCACCAAGUAGCGGCUCGUACUACCACCACCAGCAGGUCUCCUACCAAGACAUCAAGCCGUGCGUCAUGUGA